ACGCAGACACGGCCAAGUCUCGAGCGGCAGCGGGGAGGAGAGCGCGCCAUGGUCAUGGAGAUGGCGAGCGCGAGGAGGCGGGCGAGGCAGCUCAGCGGCGACCACGCCGUGCUCUGGAGCUCCUGCGUCCUCCUCUCCGCCGCCUCGCUGCUCCUCGCCGCCACCCUCUCCUCGGGCUUCGGGGCCGCCAGGCUCUCCGCCGGAGAGGUCAGCGUGGUCGUGAGGGCGAGCACCGGCGCUGUCGUCGUGACGACGGACGGAGACGCUGCCGUCGACAACGGCCGCGGGCACUGCGGCGACGCUGAUCACGACGGCAUGCUAACCGACGGCGAGUGGGUGCGCGAGGAAGCGGGCGUGGCCCCUCUCUACGACUCGAGGGAGUGCCCGUUCGUCGACGUGGGGUUCCGGUGCCGGGAGAACGGCCGGCCGGACGACGGGUACGCCCGGUGGAGGUGGCGGCCGAGGCACUGCGAGCUCCCGAGGUUCGACGCCGAGAAGCUGCUGGAGGUGCUCCGGAACCGCCGGCUGGUGUUCGUCGGCGACUCCAUCGGGCGCAACCAGUGGGAGUCGAUGCUCUGCAUGCUCUCCUCGGCCGUCGCCGACGCCGGGGCCUCGGUGCGCGAGGAGCACGGGAGCCCCAUCACCAAGCACAAGGGCUUCCUCUCCUUCCGGUUCCUCCGCCACAACCUCACGGUGGAGCACUACCGGUCGCCGUACCUGGUCCGGCGCGGCGGCCGCCCCCGCCGCGCGCCCAGGCACGUCCGCUCCACGCUCCAGCUCCGCGCCAUGGACUCCAGGGCGCACCUGUGGAAGGGCGCCGACGUGCUCGUCUUCAACUCCGGCCACUGGUGGAACCACGACCGGCUCCAGCAGCUGUAUGCAUAUUUAAUUUUAUGGAUAUAG